CUUCCGCUCUGCGGUGCAAGCGCUUCUCACGUGCCCUUGGGCUCCCUUCACAUCCUGGGUCUCCUCGAGGGGAUCCAAGGGGCCCGUCUCCUGGUCUCAGGCUAUUCCCGGCCCCCCAGGAACCCCAGCUCCUCAGUCUCAGAGCCGUUCCCAGUGCCGCCUUCUGUGAUGUCAUCCCUCAACGAAAGCCGGGCCCAGAAGAUGAGGCUGCCUUUGUUUACACAAAAGAGGCAGCUGGAGGUGCCGACCCCGUCGGAGAAGGACUGGUCGAAGGAUGAUGAAGAGAGUUACGUCUUCAAGGACCCACACCAGGAGCUGGAUUCCCUGCCUCAGCCGUAUCGCAUGAUCAACAAGCUGGUGAACCUUCUGUUCGACCGGGCGUGGGAAAUUAUCGAGGAGAGGGACGCCCUGCGGGAGGUGGAGCUCAGCCGGAUCCGGCCCACCGUCUACCCUCCAAUUUUAGAAAACAAGCUCAGCAAAAGGCCAAGAUGCCUAGCGGUUUCCCAGGACUAUGUGUUUAUUGCAGGAGCCAAAGGCUUCUCUAUCUACAAUCUGCACGAUGCUAAACAAAUCUAUGUUUACGAGAAAUUUAAGGCCGAGGUCAUGUCCAUCUGGGCCACAGACUUGGGGAACGAAACACUGAUGGCUCCUGUGGAUGAAAUGGGUACUUGUUCUUCAUCUUCCUUUAGCCUCAUUUACAUGCACCUCGUGAUGAGUCUGCGGGCAGGGGCUGCCUGGCUCGUCCCCAGCACGUCCCUGGCCGGAGAGCAGGAUGACACCAACAAGCAAACCAUCUGCAUGAAGAUGGACAUCUCUCACGGAGGGGACUUUGCAGCCUUCCUCAUACAAGGGGCUGGAGACACUUGGCUGGACGUGUACAAGUUGCCCAAGGAGGCUUGGGUCAAGGAAGUGGAACACCCCCAACUGGCUGUGAACCCAAAGAAAAAACCCAAACAGCUCCAAGCGGUAGGAAGCCUCUGUGCCUUUUCCUUAUUGUAGGAUGGAAGCACCUGUUGUCUGGCGGAGUUUAAGUUGAGUAUUCCAGUCCAGGUAAUGAAGAUCAAGCCACCCAAACCCAUUACAGGCCACCUAUUUAAGAGCCCCCUGGAAGUGUUUGCUAAGAUGGAGGGCUGCUACGGGCUGGGCUCGGGCCAGAACCACAUCAUCAAGGACAGUCAGUGGGAGCAGCACACCGCCGUCUUCAACGCCACCUACAGGAAGUACCUGGAUGGGGAGUGGGAGGAGGAGCCGCUCAGCAUGGCCACGUUCCACUUCCUUUUUCACAGCUGCCUAACGGUGAUGCCAGCAGAGGUCAAGAGCCCCCCAGGGGUCCCCAGUGUCCUCGGCGUGCACUGGACGGGCCGGCACAACUUCUUCCUCUAUUCACUCAACCGCAACCUGAAGGACAGAGUUGACCCCGAGGGCGUGUGGCCUUGUGCGGCGCCCAUUGCCUUGUCUCAGCUCAGCGACUGCGGCUCCUACCUGGUGCUGGCCUGCGAGGACGGGGUGCUGACGCUGUGGGACCUGGCUGAAGGACUGCCUCUUGGGGUCAUCGCUCUUCCUGAGGUGUGUUCCUGCCAAAGCAUUCACUUCCUGAAACACUACUUGGUCCACGAGGGGCGGAACGUGUACCCCGAGGGGCCGGUGAAGUCCCAAACGACCUGUGUGGUGCUGUGCACGGACUCGUCCCUCCACCUGGUGACCGCCGCGGGGGCCCGAGGCCCCACCGUCAGCAUGCUGGUGGAGAGGCCUGUCAAGCACCCGGAGGAGGCUCUCUGCGCCGUGGCCCCAGUCCCGACCUUGCCUGGCAUG